AUGAUUCAAUUAAAGACCGUCCUGAAUUGCAUCGACAACUCCGGUGCCGCGCUGGUCGAGUGUGCUCUGGUCAUUGGACAGAAGCGGGCUGCCCAAAUUGGUGACCGCAUCGUGGUAGUCGUCAAGGAACAUCGGGGGGCUUCCGCCUCAGGUAUGGCUGGUGUGUCCGCCGCAAACAAAGUCAAGCGAGGAGAUAUCCGACACGCCGUCGUUGUCCGCACCAGAUACCCCGUCCAGCGCCGCGAUGGCUCCUGCGUCAAGUUCGACGACAAUGCCUGCGUCCUCCUCAACAAGGCUGGAGAUCCCGUUGGCUCUCGAAUCAACGGCGUCGUAGGUGCCGAGCUGAAGAGGAAGAAGUGGAGCAAGAUUCUUUCAAUGGCUCCCUCCCAGGCAUAA